CCGGAGGGAUUCGCAUUUGCAUUGAUUACUGGAAGUUGAAUGAUAUCAUGAUCAAAGAUGUGUACCCCCUCCCCCGGAUUGAUGAGUUGUUGGAUGCAAUUGGGAGUGCUCGAUUUUUCAGCAAGUUUGAUGUUCGCCAUGGGUUCCACAAUCUUCUCGUUCGAGAAGAAGAUCGUCCAAAAACGGCGUUUGUGCUCUUCAAGGGUAUGUGGCAGUGGAUUCGAUGCCCGAUGGGUAUCUGCAACGCCCCCUCGACCUUUCAGCAAGCCAUGAAUAUGGCUUUUCAGAAUUUCGUGCGGAAGACACGUUUGGUACAGAGCAUCAUCAACUACUGCGUGAUUGUGUACAUGGAUGACAUUCUGGUGUACUCGAGUUCCUACGAUGGACACAUGCAGCACAUCGAAUGGGCGCUGCAUGCGCUACGAGAUGCGGGCUUCAAGGUGGCGUUUGAGAAGUGCCAGUUUUUCCUUACCACCAUUUCCUUCCUGGGACACGUGGUAACAGACCAGGGACUCCAACCGGAGCCGCAGAAGGUGGCAGCUGUCAGGGAUGCGCCGGUGCCUACGACUAUUACGCAAGUUCGCGCAUUUUUGGGCUUGGCCUCGUACUACCGAAGAUUUAUCAAGGGCUUCACGGAGAUUGCGGGACCCCUCACAAAUCUGUUGCGCAAAGAUCAGUCGUUGAUCUGGACGCCGGAGUGUGAUCAAGCGUUUUCGAAACUCAAGGCCGCUCUCAUUUCGGCUCAGGUCCUUAUAAGGCCGGAUCCCGAAAAGCCUUUUGUUCUCAUUACUGACUUGCAGCCAGAGGCAAUUUCGACGAUCCUUGCCCAGGUGGGACCAAGUGGACUGGAGAGCGUGGUGGAGUAUGCGUCCAAAUCGGUGUCCGCCUGCAAGCGCAACUACGUCGCUCCAACGGGAGAAUGCUACGCGGCUCUCUUGGGAAUCAGUCACUUUCGCGCUUACCUAUACGGGCGGAAAUUCACCUUGGUAACCGAUCAUGAGCCCCUGUUGGCUCUGAAGAAAUCGAAGGAUUACUCUGGCAUGAUCGGGCGAUGGGCAACGGUGCUACAAAGCAUGGACUUUGACAUUCAUCAUCGGAAGCACGAGAGACACGGGAAUGCGGACGGACUGACACGACUGCACCGACCUGAGAAAGUUCAGAAGAAUGAGGAGGUGAUUCCGUGGAACGAACCCGAACAAAAGGUUGGACCUCGGUACGACCAAGUGAAGAUCUUGUCAAAGCAGGAGCUCACAGGCAGUGGUACUGGCGGAGGUAAUAGCAGUUCAUCGGCGAGCGGAUCCCGGAACGAGCCACGUCACCACGGUUGCGGCUUUCAGCGGCGACAUCAGUUCGCUCAAUCCACGGUGGCAUACCGCGAUCUUGACCUCGCUGCGAGAGUGGACGGAGCAAGUGUGAUGUGGACGCAGACCAGCGAGCAUCCUGCGUGGAUCGAAAAUUUGGAACUGCUGAUCAUACAAGCUUGGAAGACUAACAUCGAGGGCGAUCUUCUCGGCUUUCUCUUUGGAUCGGUACGGUCGGGCCGCCGCCAGUUGAUUGCGCAAGAGCUCAUCGCGCCGAUCGUGCAAUUGGCGGACGAUCUCUCGCCCGACAUCUUUUCGCAAAGUGACAACAGCCCCGCUCCGUACGUUCUCAAGCGGUCAUUGGAUCCGUACCUACAGUGGACUGCGUGCUUGGAGGAGCCCAGGAACGAAGAUACGCUACCAUCACGGCAGGAGUAUCUGAAGCCUUACGACAUCAUCCCUUACGCCUUCUAUCCGAAGGCGGAGGAAGUGGUGAUCGACGACGAUGAGGUUGAAACGUCGGAGGAAGGAAGCUAUAGCGAGUAUAGCGAGGGCGAGCUGAGUGAAGAAGAAGAAGAAGAGGAGGAAGAAGAAACCGGAUCUGAGUGGGAAGCCUUGCCGGAGGAAGCGGCGCGUACUGGCACGAAGGCGGAAGAUCCUGAGGCCGCACGCAAGUGUGAAGAAAUUGCCACCGGGAAGCGCCAGCUGGAGUUAGCCAGCGGAGCAGGCCUACGCAUCGGUGACGAUCCGACCAGGAAUCUGGAGCCGUCGAAGCCCGAAGAUGGCGACCCCGCAGCCGCCACCCCAAGCACCUCACGACGGAGACGGAGCAGAUCCCCCUCCUCCUCAAGCCCCACCCAUCCCCCAGUUCGCCCACGUGCCGAUGCGGGCGAUAGGCCUUCGUCCUCGGACGUUAUCCCACCGUCCCCUUGAUUUUCUCACCCUCGAACAGAUACGCACCCCCGUCACCUUCCCCCUCCAUCCCUUCCUUCCCCAUCUCUUUUGCGACUUCUA